GGCCCCAAGCGAUACCGGCCAGCGCCGCUUCAAGUCGCCGACCUGCCGAAUGUAGACGCCGUCGUGAUCAGUCACAACCACUACGAUCAUUUAGACGAGACGACGAUCUCGGAGCUCCAUGCGCGGUUUCCGAACCUGCAGUGGUUUGUGCCGCUCGACAACACUCGGUUUUUGGCGCCACUGGGCGUUCCCGCCGAUCAGAUCACGGAGCAAAACUGGUGGGACGCAACGCGGGUGACGCUGCAAGAGGCCGAGUUUACCUUCUCGCUCGUGCCUGCGCAGCACUACAGCCGUCGGUACUUUCACGACACGAACCGGUCCCUCUGGGGCGGCUGGGUCGUCCAAGGCGUCGGCGGCUCGUUCUACUUUUCCGGUGACACGGCCUACUGCUCGUCCUUCAAGGCGAUUGGCCACCGGUUUGGCGAAUUCAGCGCCUCGGCCAUUCCGAUUGGCGCGUACGGGCCGCGCGAAGUGCUCCACAACCAGCACUGCGACGUCGCCCAAGCCAUCCAAAUCCACAAGGACGUCUCGAGCCGGUCGUCGCUCGGGAUUCACUGGGGCACGUGGACGCUCACUGACGAGCACUACCUGGAGCCCAAACACGAUCUGCAGCGGCUCAUGGCCGACGAAGACGACGCUGACACGUUCUACACCCUCGACCAUGGCGCGUCACGGGUCGUGCCGUGGCGACUAGAUUGA